UUUUUUAGAAAACGUGGGAUGCAAGUCUUGUUUGAAUGAAACUUUCUCAAUAGAAAGGAAUCGACAAUUUUGAACCUCAUUCCUAAUUCCUUGUGUGUGUGUGUGUGUGUGUAUAUAUAUUCAACCUUCUUCUCUACUUCCAUUCAAGUUUCGAACUCUCUGUUUCUUCCCCCCAGCGUCAUGGCCGUCGAUCAGCUUCUCCCCGUUCCGGCAAACUCCAAAAAGAAGCUCCACCUCCUCCAAAACGCACCAGGCCUAAACCCUAAAACCAUUACUCCCAUUUCCCAACAUGGCCUCCUCCAUUUCCUCCAAUCCAUUGUUCUUAAAACUUCCGACAAACCCUUCUACACCUUCGACUUAGCCGUCGUCGCCACUCUUUUCGACCUCUGGUCUCAUUCCCUUCCCACCGUCCGCCCUUUCUACGCCGUCAAAUGCAACCCCAACCCGGACUUCCUCGCUGCCAUGGCCGCCCUCGGCUCCAAUUUCGACUGUGCCAGUCGGGCCGAAAUCCAAUCUGUUUUAGCCCUGGGCGUCUCCCCUGACCGAAUCGUUUUCGCCAAUCCUUGUAAACCCGAAUCCCAUAUUGAAUUUGCCGCUACCGUCGGCGUUAACCUUACCACUUUUGAUUCCGUCGACGAAAUACAGAAGAUCCGACGAUGCCACCCAAAAUCCGCCCUGUUGAUUCGGAUUAAACCAUCCGAUGACGGGAGCGCUCGAUGCCCAUUGGGAAACAAAUACGGCGCGCUACCGGAAGAAAUUAUCCCUCUUCUCCAAGCUGCUAAAUCGGCUGAACUCGCCGUCGUUGGCGUGUCAUUUCACAUAGGAAGUGGGGCUACUGAAACACGGGCUUAUUCAGCCGCCAUUGCCGCUGCUCGAGGGGUUUUCGAAACGGCAGUCCGACUUGGUUUGCCGCCAAUGAAUGUGCUCAAUAUCGGCGGCGGAUUCACCGCCGGACCCCAAUUCGAAGAAGCUGCGGUGGCAGUAAAGUCGGCCAUAAAAGAGUAUUUUCCGGAGGACCUGAAUAUCGCCCUCAUGGCUGAACCGGGGCGGUUUUUUGCGGAAUCGGCUUUCACUUUGGCCGUCCACAUCAUCGGAAAACGGGUGAGGGGAGAUCUGAGGGAGUAUUGGAUUAACGAUGGGAUUUAUGGGUCAAUGAACUGUAUACUAUACGAUCAUGCGACGUUGAGUUGUAGGGCGUUGGCAGUGAAAUCGAACAUGGAAAACCCCACGUGUGGCGGAGGGAGAAUGCACAGGUCAACCGUGUUUGGCCCCACGUGCGACGCUUUGGAUACUGUUCUGACCGGAAAGCAGCUGCCGGAGUUGGAGGUGGGAGAUUGGUUGGUUUUUCCGAAGAUGGGGGCUUACACGGCGGCAGCGGGAUCCAACUUCAAUGGGUUUAACACGGCGUCGAUUGAGACUUAUAUUGUGUACUCGGAACAGGGAAAUGGCGCCGUAUUUGAAUGAAUCUUUCUUUGGUUAGGUUAUGUUAUGGUUUAGGGUCAAAAGAAGGAUUGGGUCAUUGAUAUUUGAGUAUAAAGGCAAUGUUUAGAUCUAUGUAUUGCUCUUCGUUUUCUCUCGUGGAAAAAAACAAAGGAGAAAUGUUGACCUAAUUAUUUUCAUAAAAAAUGAUUUUUUGUAUACAUUCUUAAACAA